CUCACUUCUCAGGAAGGGAGACUCAGACAGUCGUUGUCACUGAGCGAGAGGUGAAAUGGCGCAGAAAGGAGUUCAGCUGGACCGGGAAACCUUCUCUUGUUCCAUCUGUCUGGAUCUACUGAAGGAUCCGGUGACUACUCCCUGUGGACACAACUACUGCAUGGACUGUAUUAAAAGCCACUGGGAUGUAGAGGAUCGUAAGUACAGCUACAGCUGCCCUGAAUGCAGGAAGACGUUCACACCGAGGCCUGACCUGCUGAAAAACAACUUGUUAGCAGAUUUAGUGGAGGAGCUGAAGAAGACUGGACUCCAAGCUGCUCCUGCUGAUCACUGCUAUGCUGGAGCUGAAGAUGUGGCCUGUGAUGUCUGCACCGGGAGAAAACUCAAAGCACACAAGUCCUGUCUGCAAUGUCUGGCUGCUUUCUGUGAGAAACACCUUCAGCUUCAUUAUGAAUCAGCUCCAUACAAGAAACACAAACUGGUGGAGCCGUCCAAGAAGCUCCAGGAGAACGUCUGCUCUCAACAUGAUGAGGUGAUGAAGAUUUUCUGUCAUACUGAUCAGCAGCUUAUCUGUUAUCUCUGCUUAAUGGAGGAACAUAAAGGCCACGACACUGUCUCAGCUGCAGCAGAGAGAGCUGAGAGGCAGAGAGAGCUCGAGGGGAGUCGACAGACCAUCCAGCAGAGAAUCCAGGACAGAGAGAAAGAUGUGAAGCUGCUUCAACAGCAGGCGGAGGCCAUCAAUCUCUGUGCUGAUAAAGCAGUGGAGGACAGCGAGAAGAUCUUCACUGAGCUGAUCCGUCUCCUGGAGAAAAGAAGCUCUGAUGUGAAGCAGCAGGUCAGAUCCCAGCAGAAAAGUGAAGUGAGUCGAGUCAGAGAGAUUCAGGAGAAGCUGAAGCAGGAGAUCACUGAGCUGAAGAGGGAAGACGCUGAGCUGAAGAAGCUCUCACACACAGAGGAUCACAACCAGUUUCUACACAACUACCCCUCACUGCCACUACUCAGCCAAUCAACAUCCAGCAUCCAUUUCUGUCCUCUGAGCUGCUUUGAGGACAUGACAGCGGCCGUGUCAGAAGUCAGA